GACCAUAGUCCCAUCCCAUCUCGUUCGUAACGCACCAACCAAAACCAUUGACUCUCUUUCAAGAUGUAAGAAACUCGUGCUACUUCUCUUCUUCAUUGCUAACGAGUAAUGGCGGGUGUUAAAAGUACGCUUAGGAAGAAGAAGAAAUCCGAACGAUCCAACUCAGUUCUCAACUCGUCAAUGCCUUCCUCUCUCUCUCCUACUACUUUUAGAUGGCUUUCUCGAGGCGUUGCAUUUGCACUCGCUCUUUGUGUUCUAAUUCUUUUAGGCGUUUCAUCCAACGCUUGGGUUGCAUUUCCUCACUCUUCCCAGAAAAUUCAGUCUCCUCAGAUUUACACCAUUGAUGUUGUCAAUGAGUUUCAUCAUGAUCAUAAAGCUUUUACGCAGGGGCUUUUAUAUUGGAAAAAUGACACUCUUUAUGAAUCAAUUGGUCUUUAUGGCGAGUCUGCUGUAAGGAGAGUAGCUCUUCGAACUGGAAAGGUUGAGGCUCAGUAUAAGAUGGAUGAUUCUUCUUUUGGGGAAGGAUUAACUCUCCUGGAUGAAAGGUUGUAUCAAGUAACUUGGUUGCGGAAUAUUGGUUACAUUUAUGACAGAAGUAAUUUAAGCAAACUAGCAACAUUUACUCAUCAAAUGAAUGAUGGUUGGGGGCUAGCAACGGAUGGAAAAAUCUUGUUUGGAAGUGAUGGCUCUUCGACAUUGUAUCGUUUUGAUCCCCAAACUAUGAAAGAAAUUCAAAAGCAAACCAUCACAUAUAAAGGUCUUGAAGUACACAAUCUAAAUGAAUUGGAGUUUGUGAAUGGUGAAGUGUGGGCAAAUGUAUGGCAGACUGACUGCAUUGCCAGAAUAUCACCUGGAGAUGGCACUGUGGUUGGGUGGAUUCUUCUUUCGAAUUUGAGGGAAGGAUUGAUAGCAGGUGGUGCAAAGGGUAUUGACGUCUUGAAUGGCAUUGCAUGGGACAGCAAGAAACAACGCAUUUUUGUGACUGGUAAACUUUGGCCAAAGUUAUACGAGAUCAAACUGAAGCCAGUGGAGAAAAAAUCUAAUGUUAAUGUUGAGCAGCUAUGUAUCCGAAUGCCAUUUCGUUUCUAAAGCUGCUCGAUACCGGCAGAAAUUUCAAAAUAGUGUUACUUUAUUCUUGAUUCAAGUGAAUCUAGGUUUGUUGUAUAUAAAUUUUCCAUAGGAUUUGGUUGAUAGACCUAUAAGCCAUCCGUAAAGUUGAAUGUUCAAAAAAAAGCUCAUACAGUUCAAUGUAAUGUUUGUAAGAUGCCUAUGAAGUUGAAAUUAGCAAUCUCUCCUCAAAUCUCUAUGCGCAUACAUCUGAAAUACAUGUAAAGCUUUGGUAUAACGCUUGUAAUGUAAUUUUGAACUAUUUUUACAUGAGUUUCUACAUGUGAAAUAGGCCAGUCAAGUUAGACUCGAGUUUUAGUUUGGUUCAA